AUGACACAAAAUAUUUCAUCCAAGGGUAAUCAAUUACCCUCCCUUGAACAUCUAUCAGCACUUGCGAAAAGUAGAGUUCCUCAAAACACAACAUGUAUUGAUGAAGAUCAUACUAUCAAGAAA